AGCGGCGUCGUUGGUUUUCCGCAGUGUUGUGCAGGCUGUGAGUGAGGAGUGGUGUUUCGCCAUGCGGGAUUUGGCCACAAAAAUGGCCGAAUUAAAAUUUGAAGCACCACUAGCCCAAUUCGAGGAAUCGGAUGAAUGGGGUUCGACCGAGUUUCAAAACGCCACCAUAAAAAACGAGAACGAACUCAACAACAUCAACCUCAACAAAAAAAUCAAAGACAUCAACGACGUCUUGAACGAUUUCAAUGAAGACAUCCUCAACAAUUCAAACACUGAAGCUUUGCCGCCAAAAAACGUGAUUUUGAAAAACGGUGAAACGGCCUCAGUGGCUGAUAAUUUUACUGAAACUUUUUCGGGCUCGCUUGAGGAUCUUGUUAACACUUUUGAUGAAAAAAUCACCAAGUGCUUCGGCAAUUAUGAAGAGUCGGUGGAGAAGUUGGCCCCCGUCCAGGUCAGGACGCAAGAGGAGAUCAUGAACGAAUGCCAAAUGUGGUGGACCAUAACGGGAAACUUCGGCAACAUUCUCCCCAUCGACUGGUCGAAAUCUUACGCGAGGAAAUUGCACAUGCCAGCUCUCAAUUUAAACGAGAAGGAAGCCACAACUCCCGACGACGACUUGGAAUUAAGUUCAGAAGACGAGGCUGUCGCCAGUGAUUUAGACAUGCACGCCCUCAUCUUGGGGGGCUUGCACCAAGACACUGAACCCCUUAAAACCGCAGACGAAGUCAUCCAAGAGAUAGACGACAUGAUGCAGGAGGAAACGUGUUCGUUGGACGGUUCUCCGGGAUCACGAGACUCCAUAAUUGAGACCAAUGAAACUCUGGAAAAGGCGAAAGAAGUUCUAAGCUCGCCGUUAUAUGAAGACAAAUUACGGGACUUGAGUCUAUCGCAGUUAAAUGAAUUAUUUCUGGAACUAGAAGUUUUAAUUAGGGAAUUUUCGGAAACACUUAUUUCGGAAUUGGCCCUUAGAGACGAGUUGGAGUACGAAAAGGAGUUGAAGAAUACUUUUAUUUCUUUACUUCUUGCCGUUCAAAAUAAACGUAGACAAUACCAUGUUGAGAAGAAGCGGAGUCUAAAAAAUGCGUCCAAAACUCCCAGUGGACUUGACCCGAAAUAUUUAACCACUGUCAUUCCGUACCACUUAGAUAGCGGACCGCCAGAUAAUCAAACUUUACAAGUCCUGAUUAAAAUUUUGAAAGCCAUAAAUGAAGACAGCCCCACAGUUCCCACUUUAUUAACGGACUAUAUCUUAAAAGUUAUAUGUCCGACGUAAAGUAGUCAAACAAGCACAGAUGAGAACCCAAAAUCUAGCUUAAAUAUAUUUAGUCUAGGCUUGAAAUAGCACAGAUUUCAGUUGCAAUAUUAAUUUAUUUUCUGGUUGUUAAUAUUGUUCCUUUGUAUAUUUUUUUAAGUGAUGUGUAUAUAUUUUGCUUGAACAUUCUAGUCUAAUAAUUAUGUAAUUGUAAAGUAACAAAUUAAAUGUGAAACUAUUAAUCAUAAGUAUUAUGCACAUCUUUGCUAUAUUUCGUGCAAUAUGCACAUUUUAAAUUCAUAUUUUUUGUACAAAGUGAUAUUAGCUUCUACAUAUGACGAGUUUUUUAUUCUUGCCAGGUUUGCGUUCGUAAAAAAAAUGUUUUUGCUGACGAAAAUAAUAUAAGGUUAAAUCUAGGUGAAUUUAACAUUUAAUGUCUUAAAUGUUACCUGUUUCAGAGCCAGCCGUUGAUAAUAUUAUUGUAGAUCUCAAUCAAAUAAACCUUUGCAAUUCAAAACCA